GAAUAGUUCAUACUUGAUAGGAUAUAUAGCAGCAGGGGAAAAAAAGGGUUAAUUGUAGUAACAGAAAAAACCCAGCCUCUAGCUAGCUAGCUUUGUCUGUUCUUUCCAUGUGAUGUUCUAUUUUAGCUUAGGGAUAUAUGCAUAAUACUACCAAAAAUAAAGUCUGAAUGUUUUUUGUUUGCAGAGUUUGGUCAGACAGACAAGCAAAACAAAUUUAACCAUAGUUAGAUAGAUACUUAAAGAUAGUGACUUUGAUAUUAAUUAGGAUCAUUUUUUUUUGCUUUGGCCAAAUUCAACCCGAAAGAGAGAAUUCAAAAAACAACCCACUGAUCAAUGUUGCUCAAAAAAAAAUGACGCCAUUCUGGGAGCUGCCACUUGUUGGUGUUCAACAUUAGCAUUUUCUGCUGACUGACUCAUUUUUUUUUGGGGGAGGGGGUUUGUCCUGUAAUUAACUCUGCUGUUUCUUGCCUUCCAUGACCAUACUUUCUGAGCUGUGUUUCUUCCACUUGUUGAUUUUCUUCCCGGUGGGUCUUUAUAGCCGUUUGUUACAGUGGGAUUCAUUUACCCUACUUAAUACUACAUAUUCAUAUCCGUACAACACAAAAAGACAGUUUUGAUUUUCUCAGUUUUCUCUGUACUUGUGAUUUUUGGCGAUGUUUCCUACGUCCAUGUCCAACUCAACUUCUCUCUCCGAGGAAGCCAGCGCUUCAUCUGUGACCAGAGUUCAGGAUUUUGCUACUUUGAAUCCAAUGGCUGCUCACUCAAUCUUAUCUGAUCAUCAUCAUCAUCAUCAUCAUAGUCAGCCUCCUCAGAAAAUCAAGAAGAAGAGAAAUCUCCCUGGAAACCCUGAUCCUGAUGCCGAGGUGAUUGCAUUGUCACCAAAGACACUUCUGGCAACAAACAGAUUUGUUUGUGAAGUGUGCAACAAGGGAUUCCAGAGGGAUCAGAAUCUGCAGCUUCACAGGAGAGGACACAAUCUUCCAUGGAAGCUGAAGCAAAGGAACAACAAGGAAAACAGGAAGAGAGCUUAUGUUUGUCCUGAGCCCACAUGUGUUCAUCAUCAUCCAUCAAGGGCACUUGGGGAUCUUACAGGGAUCAAGAAACAUUACUGCAGGAAACAUGGUGAGAAGAAAUGGAAGUGUGAAAAGUGUUCCAAGAUUUAUGCUGUUCAAUCUGACUGGAAAGCUCAUUCUAAGACCUGUGGAACCAGAGAGUAUAGAUGUGAUUGUGGAACCCUUUUUUCCAGGAAGGACAGCUUUGUGACUCAUAGAGCAUUUUGUGAUGCAUUGGCUGAAGAAAGUGCUAGACUCUCAGCAACUCAAGUGCAUUUUUCGCCACCACCUUCCGCCGCCGCCGCAACCACCGACCACCAACUUCUCCGGCCAAAUUCAACACCAGCACCGCCCCCGCCGCCGCUGUACCCAUUCCAACUCCAACAGCGCCCACACUUUCUCAACCCUCUUCCAUGGGACUUCCUCCCUCCUCAAAACCCUAGCCCUAACCAAACCCACCAGCUUCAGAAUGAUAAUAACAUUAUCAAGCCUGAAACCAUCCACCUUCCCAUCUCUUCACCAUUUUUCCAAGAACAGCCGCCGCAACCAACCGCCACCAUCGCCUCCGCAAGACUCGUCCGGCCGCCGUCACUCUUCCAGCAAACCCUCAAUGACCCCGUUCAUCACAGCCUCUCCGCCACCGCCCUCCUCCAAAAGGCGGCGGCCCUUGGAUCCCAUUCCCUAGGCCACGUCAAUUCUACCAUGACCCAUCUGGACAUGACCAACAUCGGGAACAACCCGCCGGAGUACCCGAGUUUCGCGCCGUCCGGAAAUCUCGGCGCUUGGCACCAGAAUGACCGGUUGACCCGGGAUUUUCUGGGUUUGACCGGCGAUCACGGCCAGUGUGGCGGCGGAGGUGGAGGAGGAGGAGGAGGGAGCGCCAUCAAUGGGAAUGGUAACGGGAACAUCGACGUUAACCUUAACGUUAACAUGAGAGGAGUUUUAUCGUUCACGGGAAGCGUGGAGUUCCCAACUUAUGAACGUGACCUUUCAUUGUUGAAGCCUAAAAGUUUUGGAUUUGUUGGCGAGCCUCCGGCUACUGCACCGGAGACUUGGAGAAACAGUUGA